CGAUGAAGAAGGAAAAGGAGAGCGUGAGUGAACCAUUACCUGGUGGAUGUGUCUCUGUGUGUGUACUGCAAAUCCUCAUUCCAGAGACCCGUCGAGGGGCGUGUUCAGAGAUGACGAGAACUUCUCUCUGGCCCUCCUCCACAGAGGUCCUAGAUUUGACUCAGCCUCGCCUCUGCUAGCAGGGCGCGUCAAGGCUGGCAUACAAGAGGGCCCAGAGACAAACGCAGUAGAGAGCCGACAACAACGACAGCAGCAGCCACAAGACGCCCAGUUCAUCCAAUCCAUCAAUCCAUUCCCCCUCGGCGAUAGCGGCGGUGUUGUCCCGACUGAUGGCUGUGCGAGCUAAACAAGAGGGGGGGAAACAACAAAGUAGCCCCGAAGUCUAUAAUUCUAAAUAUGGAUGUGGAUAUGGGGGAUCUGCACGAGCAGCCGAACAGCCCACCGCGCGCGCAAGGACACUCCCUGCGCGUAACUGUGUCUCUCUCAUGUGUCUCUCUGUCUUUCAAGACAAGGCAAAAACAAACAGAAGGGUUCAACGAACCUGCUGCUUGCCGGCAAACACGAGACCCCUUUCCUGCAAGCCAAGAGGCAGAUGCUAAAAAGGAUGGUUCGUCGGGGAGGCUAGAGAAGGGGAAAUGAUGUUUGUGGCUUGAAUGGGGCUUGGGCAGUGCGCAUGAGGGUGUGUGCGUGUUUAGAGGCUUGUGUGUGGGUGUAGGUGUGUGUCAAGACGUGGGAUGGUGGUGCUCAUGGUGGAUGGGUGGUGUCCUGGCGGGCCUGGCAGACGAGACAUGACAAGCCAAGACAAGACAGGCAGUCAUGCAGCUGAGCCCAACGUCUUGUCUGUCAAACUACCACAGACCGUUGCGACACCGGUCCAUUCUGGCCUGGCGGUGCUAGUCUGCAUGGAUGAACGCCAUUCUUGCGGGAGAAAAGAAAAUGGCAGAAAAAAGUUACAAUGAUAAAAAUUC